UGCUCGCCAAGGGUAAACUCAUUAAUUACUUUCGCCUGUGCUGCCUUUCAUUUUGUAACGAAAGUAAAACCAAAGCGGGGUGUGUAUUUGUGUUCCGCGCUGCCCCGGGUUGUUUUCGCUCCCGGCGGCGUGUGCGGUGCGGUCGGUGAUGGAGCGAGGUGACUCUGCCUGGGCUGCUGCCGGAGUAGUUUCCUCCUGCUGCUUGUUUCUGCCUCGCUGUUGCCGUGUGCCCCUCUUGUUUUUUUUACACUCGCUGCUGGAAGUGUUUGGUUUGUACUGAGAUAAAGGCGCAUACUCCCUGGCUGAACGCGGUUCUGUGAACGAGAUCUUGUAUAAAACCCUCCUGAGCUGUGAUUUAUUGUAUGCAAAGCGGAGGCCAAACAUAAAUAUUUAGAUCCGAGUAUUAACUGAUGCGUGUUGUGAUGAGACUGCGAAAAAGGAAUCUAAACAACGCUGAUGUAACACUCCAAAUGGGAGGAAAGCAACUAUUUGUUGUUUUUGCUUGUCAGUAUCAUACUGGGAGAAGUCUAUUAUGGGAAUAGCAGAGAGGGAAAGCACUCAAUACACAUGGCAAUGUGAAUUUAUGUUCAGCAGUGGUACAGGAACAGAACUUGUAUUUACAGUGAAUAGUAGGAGAGCAAAAAAACCUGUGUAAUAUUUGUGCUACUACACUAAAGAGAUGUUAUAUCCAAAUUAACUAUAUUAACAGAUUUUGAAAAAGUGGUGGAUCUGAGUUACGCUUGGCAUCCAUUGAUAUUUGCAGGUGUCUAGUGUUUGAUAUCUGGUAAUCAGUUGUCAAAACUAAAUUAGCAAACUAAACUAAUAACUAAACUAAUCAGUGCUAGUCAGUUGUCAAAAAUAAAUUGAAAAAUACAUGAGGCUCUCCUCAUUGGUUAGUAUAAGGCCAAAGCUUUUUUUUUGUGAUAAUAUUCUUCUGUUUGCUUUUCACUGCAGUCUUGAUUCUGGUUUUUGUCCUGCAAAUAAGUUCCUAGUAUGUUGUUGAAACCCCUUCCCUUUCCAUCAGGAAAAGGAGAUGUCACAGGUAUAUGCAAUUUGGAGUCUGGAUCUUACCUGAAAAGCACUAAGCCCAAGAACUGUCAUCUUAGUCUUUGGAAUGGACAAGGAUGUCCUCAUUUUUCAGUAAAAUGAAUUAAUUUUUCUUUUUUCUCUAAUCAUCUUUAAAAUGGAAAGUGUGUACAGAGUAGAUUUUAAAUUGAAAAUUUGGAGGGGAAAAAAGUCGAAUUAAAGAUUCCACACAUAAUUUGUCUUUUUGGGACUAGAAGUUCUGCGGUUUACUGUGCUUUGUUUAACCUGCCCAAAGUUUUAUCAUUAGCAAUCAAGUUGUGCCAUGAAACUGCUUCAUGCUUUGUUCUCUCAGUUAUUUUAGUAUUACAAAGCAGGUUAUACUUUAAACCCUCAGUUAAGUUUAUGGUUUCCCUAAACUUACAAAGCCCUACAUUAUAUAGUAUGAUAGUAGCGAAAACUUACAUAUAGGAGUUGAUAAUUGAUCAUAUAAUUAUUCAGCAGCUUACUGUGCACACAAAAUUACACGUAUUUAAAGAGGUACCAUCUUGAAACAUAAAUCAGCAUUUUAUAAAGGACUCAGUAUCAGUUAUUGCCUUUAUUCUUGAGGGCCAAAGAUUUGUUUUGCUUUCUUUUGCAGUCAUCAUUUUCUUUUUUAUAGUUUACAUUCCUCUUUUGCUUGUCCCUGGCAAAACAACUUUACAUAAGUAGAACUAAAAAGAUGCUUUUUAAUUCAACUUCUUGGUUUAUAAGUAAGCAUUGUAAAUGAUGGGCGCAAAAUACUGCAAGGAAUGCUGCCAAAAUUGUAUCCAAACAAAUACUUCUUGGAAGGGCACAAGAAACCCAGGUGGAAAUAAAUUUGCAAGUGUUUUCUUGCUUUUCUUUCCCAGGAUUUCUCAGAGCUGUAUCCCAUGCUCUGUGUCAUCAGGGGUGUAUGGUUCCCAGGAGCAGGAAAAUGUUGGCCAGACAAUUCCUCCUGAAUCUCAACAGGCCGGCACUUGAUUGUGCCACUGCUCAGCUUCUUUUAACAGAAAGAUCUUGAUAUGAACAAUGACCAUAGUUAACAAGCCAAAAUCUUCAAAGUCUAAAAAAUCUUCCUCAAGACGGUCUGACAAAUCUAUGAAACCCCGUACUAAAAAAAUGACGUCACGCACUGCAAGUUUGGGCCGGGUACCUCCUACAGAAGAUCCAAACAAAGUCUCUGUGGACAAAGGUCCUGGGGGGCAUAUUUAUUGUAGAUCAUCUCAAAAAUCAAAGCCUUUUGCCCAAAGAGAUCUAGUUGUUAAUGAUGGGAUUGCUCCGCCACAAAGAAUUCUUUUUCCGCCUGAGAAAAUCUGUAUGGAUUGGCAACAAACACAGAGUGUUGGAGUUGGACUGCAGAACCUCGGCAACACUUGUUUCCUUAAUUCCACUCUCCAGUGCUUGACCUACACGCCUCCUCUUGCCAAUUACAUGCUUUCACUUGAACACACCAAGUCAUGUCAUGUAGAAGGAUUCUGUAUGAUGUGCACAAUGGAAAGUCACAUCAACCAGGUCCUGUGUUGCUCUAAUAAUGCCAUCAAACCUACGUCUGUUAUCAAUGGCCUUAAAAGAAUAGGAAAACAUUUCCAUUUUGGCAGUCAAGAGGAUGCACAUGAAUUCUUAUGCUUCACUGUUGAUGCUUUACAGAAAGCUUGUUUGAAUGGAAGCACCAAAUUAGACAGAUCUUCUCAAGCCACCACACUUAUUUAUCAAAUAUUUGGAGGAUAUCUAAGAUCUCGAGUAAAGUGCUUGAACUGCAAAGCAGUGUCAGAUACAUACGAGCCAUUUCUCGAUGUUACUUUGGAUAUAAAGGCAGUUACAUCUGUCACCAGAGCUCUAGAACAAUUUGUGAAACCGGAACAGCUGGACGGUGAAAAUAGCUAUAAGUGUAGCAAGUGUAAAAAGAUGGUUCCAGCAUCAAAGAGAUACACGAUACAUCGCUCUUCCAAUGUUCUCACAAUAUCACUGAAAAGAUUUGCAAAUUUUACAGGUGGAAAGAUCAACAAGGAUGUAAAAUACCCUGAAUAUUUGGAUCUUCGAGCAUAUAUGUCCCAAUCUAUUGGAGAACCUCUCAUCUAUGCUUUAUAUGCAGUUCUUGUACAUAGUGGCUUCAACUGUAAUGCUGGACACUAUCUCUGCUUCAUUAAGGCUGGUAAUGGACUUUGGUACCGGAUGAAUGAUGCCUCAGUAGAACUUUCUGAUAUCAAAACAGUUCUCAAUCAGCAAGCUUACGUACUUUUUUAUAUCAGGCGCUACGAUCUGACGCUGGGGGAGCGAGCCUUUUACCUGCCCGCGCCCUCCUACCCCCGCUCCUUCCUGGGCCAGCGCGGGGCCAACAGCAAGCAGGCUGCGUUCAUGGGACCACGCCUUCCUCCUCACAUGAUGAAGAGCUCAAGUCGUUUAAAUGGAAAUGGACCCUUAAAAGAGGAUCCCGGUAGUGUUGGUGUUGCUGUAAAAAGGCCAUCUUCAGCUCCACCAACAGCUUGUGUUCAAAACUGGGCAAUUUCCAGGCCUUCCAUGGCAGACCCUUCCAAGCCCCAGAAGAUCACCAUCAGUAUUCACAACAAGCUGCCCGCACGGCAGGCGCUGCCGCAGGAGUGUCCGAGCAGCGCUGUGGAGGAGGAGGAGCUGAAGCCCCUUCCUUCAGCCACAGUUACAAACUCUUCCACAGCAGAGCCUACCUCAAACCUCUCCACAGUGUCAGUUGCUACUAAUGUCUCCAAGCAGGAGGUUCCUGAUGAAAUCUUUGUUGAGCCAGCAGUGAAUGGAAACCCUAAGCUCUGUUCUGAUAGCAUGGUCCCUUACGGGGCAGAACCUUCAGGAAAAUGCGAGGAGUCCAAGGGCUUGUUCAAAAGGAAUUGCAACGUCAUAUCUUCCAAUGGAAUUCUGAUUGGGAAGGUGGUCCGUACAUUGCAUAAUUCCCAUUCAUCCUGUCAGAAUGCUGAAGAAAGAUCCCAGCAUGAGCUGCCAAAACUUGAUUCCCUAAAUGGUGCUAUUAGUUUAGAUAAUGAAUAUAAAGAAAAUGGACUGAAACUUGAUGAUUCCACUUGCCAAGUCCAACCCAUUAAACCUUCUGAGAUUUUCUUCUCUAAAGCAAAUGGAGUGCUUGAAACGAUGCCUAAAGCUUUGUCACCAGAUCCUCAAGGUAUCUUAGAUUCUCUUACAUAUGGCCAGUUGAACAGCUUAUCAGAGGAAAAAAGUGUCUCUGGACCUCAGAAAUCUUCUGACAAUGAUGGAGUUAUGGAAACUGUAGUGAUGGAAGCACUGUUUGCCUAUGAAGAAUGCAGGAAGGUUCCUUCCAACUUUAGCUGUGAGGUUGAGAAACUUUUUACUCAAUCAGAUUCUGAAACCAUUUUUACCAAAGAAGAAGUUGCUGAAAGUAUUAUAACAAAAGCUGAUAAUGCACAUCUCAAUAUCAAUGGUCAGCACAAGGUUAGGAAAAAAUCUUUGGAUACUGAAGGUGAAUUCCAUGGGCAGUGUGAGUCUGAAGACAUCAGAGAUAAAGACAAACUAAGAAGAUCAAAAGAACCUGAACUCAUUUCAAAAGAAAAUCCUUUGUACAUCAAAGGGUCUCCUGAGAGCAAAGAGAAAUUAGGGCAAACUUCCUCUAUAAAGCCUGACAUUGAAUGUAGUUCUAAAAAACUUGCAUCUCUAGAUAUUACAGAUAAAUGCCAAGAUACAAAGGACAUUUCUAAUAACUAUGUAGAGGUACCACCCGUUAAUGACUCUUCUAUUACAAAGCUGGAUAAAGUAUUGGAAAGUCAAUUUUCUAGAGCAGAUGAGGGACUGAGUAAUAAAAUAAGUGAAGAUGAUGAUAAACAUAUGAAAAAAAAUAAGAAAAGAAUCCAUGACUCUAAAAGAACUGACAAAGAGCACUACCGAAGGAAGAGAGAAAACUCGGACACUGAGGAGAAGGAGAGGCAAACCAGAAACAAACCAGAUGAUCAUUCCCACAGGAGGAGGAGCUCUCACAGCGUGGAAACAAACAAGCAAAGCCGUCAUAAGCAGGAGUAUUGCAGUGAGAGCAAGUACAGAUCCUCCCACAACGAAAGAAACAGUCCCAGUAAUGGCAGGAGCUCAGGGAAAUAUUCUCGUUACAGAUCCCGGAGCAGAGAAAGGACAGAUGCAGACAGGAACAGGUAUUAUUAUUCCAAAGGAGACAGACCUUGGAUUAGAGAAAGAUACUAUCAAGAUGAACCACGGAGAUGGGAAAAGUGCAGAUACUACAAUGAUUAUUAUUCCUCCCAUGGAACAAGGGAUGGUAGGGAGAGGAAGUCCUCUCAUUGUGAUAAAGACUAUGACAAAUUGAGCCAAGCUUACAGCAGGUCACACAAGGAUUAUCAUUGCAAAAGCAGAUGGGGUCACAGCACACUCUCCCGAGAGGAGGAUGUGCAUCACUUCAGCAGCCACAGAGCAAACUUCCACCACUGUUCAGUACCUCAGCAGCACUCAGAAAAAUACUCUCGUGAAAGGCAUGCACUUCCACCAGUGUCAGCUCACUCAAAUUUUGAGGACUCUUCCCGGGAAAACGAAAAACUAAGAAAUGGCAAAAGAAAAUACUCCCACCAAGAAGAAAGUGAAAGUGACAUAGAAAAGAAAUGCCGAAAGACAGAUGACCAAAGAAUCAAAAAGUAUAAGAAGGUCAAGAAGAAAAAGAAGUCCAAAGAUAAACAUCGAGAGAAGGAUUACAAACUUUAUGAUUUGGAUUGCUCUGUGCUCCACUUUGACAAUGACAAUCGCAAACAUAAGAAAAAGAAGAAAAAGAAGCAUGAAAGGAAACUGAAGGACUUAUUGGAAUAUUUAGAUCCUCGUUUCCAGAAGAAAACAUGGGAGAAGAAGGAAGAAUCCCGUCCUCCAGAUGACCAUUUAUGUGAGCAAUACAGAAACCAGGGCAGUAAACAACCUUACAAGGAAGAGAAGCCUUCUGGUGCAGGUGACAGCAAGAAAUUCAGCUCCAUGGCAUCCACCGAGUAUGUCAGAGGUGUGGAGCUGACUGAAGAAAGCCUUCAAUACUCAGACUGAACCCAUCACCAACCCCAAGGACUUCUGACCACCAACCCCAACAACCCUUCACCUUCAAAACCAACAACUUCUCAUCAUCAAAACCAACGACUUCUUACCUUCAAACCUGACAUUACUGAUAGUGACCAUCAAAACUUAAAAUUUAUUAUCAAUUACCAUCAAGACAAAAUCCAGUCAUAAGUGGUGCUUAACAUUUCUGUACAGAAUUUUACCAUAUAAGAACUUUUUUUUAGUUUUUAACUUGAGACUUUCUUUUUUAAAAUAUACUUCUAAUCCAAAAGGGUGAAAACUUUUUACAACUGCUGAACAUUGUAAAUUACCACAUGAAUAUCUCACUGAGCUGAGAUAAUGCCCUGGAAUAGACCAUCUCAAAUGCUGCUUAAUUACAGACUCAGGUUGACUUUAUGUUAUUCAUGUAAUGUUACUCCAAGUUAAGACAUCUGGUGCAAGAGCGACCAGGAAUUAUGAAAGUUGCAACUGACAGUCUGUAUAUUUAAUUUAAAGACUUAUUUAAAACUUCACGAGUUUUGCAAGAGCUUCAUUUUUUUUUCUGUGGUCUGACACUAGAAACUAAUUUACUUCACAUUUGAGUUAUAUUCAAGAUCUGAAGAAAAUCUUCUGGUUUUCAACAUUGUGAAACAACGAAUAUGCAGUUCUGAAUGUAUCUCUCAAGAAUAUUUGUAUAUUGUUCCAUAUGUUUUUAUUACAUUUUCUUAAUAUACUGUCAUUUGUCUUAAGUCUCAGUUGUCUGUUUUGUCUCUCUAAAGUGUCUAGUUACAGACAAAUUCAUACUGUGAUUUUUAUUUUUAUUAUUAAAUGCUAUCAAACUGUGAUGCACUUAUUAUUCACUGGUCCUGCAUCAGGAGAUGAGUGGGGAACCUGUAUUAAAUACAGUUCAUCUGAA